UCUUCACCCAAUCGUUUCACUUUGAUUUUGACUAUUAAACUUGUUAGCACUUCACAUGAGAACUGCACCUUCUAACUGCUUUUAUUAUCCACUACUUCUACCAUCAUGUUCUCCAUUUCACCAUUCGCACCCUCUUCCAUUCCAACUUCAACUGUUGUCAAGUUGGAAUCUUUUUCGCUGAAAAAUGGUGGGGUUAUCAGAAUUAGAGGUGCUAAUGCUCUUUCAAAGGUACCCAGAAAUCCAAAAUUAGCAGUAUGUUGUUCUGUUUCGGCUUCGGGUGAUGCCAAUGCCUCUGUUCAGACUGAUGUUCCUUUCCCUUUUGAUUACUCUGAGCUUCUGGAACAGGCUGGAGUUGCAGUGGAAUUGGCCAUGAAGGAUAACAAAAAGCUAAUGGAAAUUGAGUUUCCCACUGCCGGACUCACAUCCGUACCAGGUGAUGGUGAAGGUGGAAUAGAGAUGACUGGAAGCAUGCAAUUGAUUCGUGAAUUUUGUGACCGCUUCAUUUCGUCCGAGAAAACCACGCGAACAAGAAUAUUUUUUCCAGAAGCUAAUGAAGUCGACUUUGCUAGACAAUCCGUCUUCAGUGGAGCUUCUUUUAAGUUGGACUAUCUGACAAAGCCUUCAUUCUUUGAAGAUUUUGGUUUUGUUGAGAAAGUAAAAAUGUCAGAUAGAGUGAAGGAAGAAGAUGAGCUUUUCAUAGCAGCUUACCCGUACUUCAAUGUCAACGAAAUACUUGUUGUGGAAGAACUUUACAGAGAAGCUGUCUUGAAUACUGAUCGGAAACUGAUUAUUUUUAAUGGUGAACUCGAUCGUAUCAGAUCUGGAUAUUAUCCACCGUUCUUUUACCCGAAGCUAGCUGAACUUACAAAGUCCUUUCUACCUGCGAUGGAAACUGUGUACUACAUUCAUAAUUUCAAGGGUCGUAACGGAGGAGUACUUUUCAGGUGCUAUCCGGGUCCUUGGAAGAUUCUGAGAAAAGUGGGGAGUAGUAAAUAUGUUUGUCUACAUCAGCAGGAUACUAUGCCAUCCCUCAAGGAAGUUGCUCUUGAUAUUCUUCCAACAAAUUGAUGUAUCUGUAAUAAUAGUAAUGGGGUUGGUAUCCAGCUUCUUCUUCUUCUUAGGAGAUCAAGAAUGAUGUCAACCGUUGCCAUCUGAUGAUCGAAGGAUUGAAGGCUGUGGCGAAUAGAAUUGGCAGCUUCUAGUGUUCAAAUGGUGUUUAUAUUUGAAUAGCUACCAAGUUGUUGCUGACUUGCUAUAUAGUUUAGAAAUUCAUGUAAAUUCAUGUAAAUUCAUGAGACAUACAAGUUUUCUGUGUGUUUGUGCAUUGUACAUAAUUUGUCAUUUGCCAACAGGUACAGACACAUGAGUGUUUUAAAAAGCGGUUUGGACCGUCUCGUUGAACCGGUCGAACUGAGACUUGGAGAAAUAAUUAAAUAUCGGCUGACUAUUGAACCGAUCAUGUAA